CAGUUCGGUUGCCGGUAGACGCUGCCUUUUAAGGUGGCUGUAAAUGACAAGCAAAGGGACUUCUGGCUUAUUCUGUGUAGCUGACAAAAUUGGGCACGUCCUUCCUGCGGCUUCACGAGAGGAUGUUGACAAGCAGCAGCAUCGGUCUUGAAACCGGAUAAAAAUGGGACAAGGUAGAAUGCGCGAUGCCAGCCCCCGAGCAGCCCCCCAUGGUGGACGAGGGGCUGCGGCAGACACAGGAGCCUUCCACGGGCCCAGGCAUGGAGCUGGAGACCACGGCCACCACCAUCCUGGCUUCUGUGAAGGAACAGGAGCUCCAAUUUCAAAGGCUUACCAGAGAACUGGAGGUGGAAAGGCAAAUUGUGGCUAAUCAGCUAGAGAGAUGUAGGCUGGGAGCAGAGUCACCAAGUGUCGCCAGCACAAGCUCUACUGAGAAGUCGUUUCCUUGGAGAUCAUCAGAUCCUCCAAGCAGCAGUGUAAACAAGCCCCGAGUGUCAGACAGUGUUCACACCAAUGCCUAUGACGUUAGGACAGAACCCGAACAAGGGAACCUCUACUCGCCAGAACAGACGUCUCUCCAUGAAAGUGAGGGGUCUGUAGGUAACUCCAGAAGUUCAACACAAAUGAAUUCUUACUCUGACAGUGGUUACCAGGAAGUAAGCAGUUUCCAUAACAGCCAAAACCUGAGCAAGUCAGAAAGCAGACAGCAGCAUUCCCUCGCCGGGCCUGCGAACAACCACUUGGUGCGGAGCUCGCGCGCGGAAGGGCAGGCGUCCGUCCAGCCCGCAGUGAACAUCGCCAGCACCCGCGUCAUGAGGCGCGUCAGCUCCGUGCCGUCCCGGGCGCAGUCCCCGUCGUACGUGGUCAGCACCGGCGUGUCCCCGUCGCGGGGGUCGCUGCGGACGUCGCUGGGCAGCGGGUUCGGGUCCCCGUCCGCGGCCGAGCCGCGGCCCCUGGGCUCUCACGCCUACUCCUCCACCACGCUGCCGGCGCCGCGGGCAGCGUCCCCGUACGCAGCGCAGAGACCCGCGUCCCCCACGGCCGUGCGGCGCGUCGGCUCCGUCACCUCCCGGCCCGCCAACCCCAACGGCGGCAGCGCCCUGUACCAAACGCCCCUCCGGGUCGGCUCUCCCCUGGCCCUCGCUGACGUGCAAAACAGAGUCGCUUCUCCCACCCAAACGCAGCUGGGAUCGUCGUCCCCAAAGCGUUCUGGCAUGACCGCGGUUCCGCAGCAUUUGGGAGCGACGCUGCAGAGGACAAUUCAUGAUAUUGAACAGUAUGGACAGCAGUAUGACAUCUAUGAGAGAAUGGUCCCUCCACGGCCAGACAGCCUUACAGGCCUGAGGAGUUCGUACGCCAGCCAGCACAGCCAGCUGGGACAGGAGCUGCGGUCGGCGGUGUCCCCGGACCUGCACAUCACCCCCAUCUACGAGGGCCGGCCGUACUACAGCCCGGUGUACCGCAGCCCGACCCACGGCGCCGUGGAGCUGCUGCAGGGCUCGCAGGCCGCCCUGUACCGCGCGGGCUCCGGAGUUGGGAAUCUGCAACGAUCAUCGAGUCAGCGUAGCACCCUCACACACCAAAGAAACGCGUACGCGCUGAGCACGGCCGCUCCGUACGCGGAGCCGUUCCGGGUGCAGUACCGCCUGCCGCCCGCCGACGAGCCCACCACGCGCUCCCCCUCCAUCGACAGCAUCCAGAAGGACCCCAGGGAGUUUGCUUGGCGAGACCCAGAGCUGCCCGAAGUGAUCCACAUGCUGCAGCACCAGUUCCCGUCGGUGCAGGCCAACGCGGCUGCCUACCUGCAGCACCUCUGCUUCGGGGACAACAAAGUCAAAACGGAGGUGUGUAGGCUGGGAGGAAUCAAGCACCUGGUUGAUCUCUUGGAUCACCGGGUCCUGGAGGUUCAGAAGAACGCCUGUGGCGCGCUGCGGAACCUCGUGUACGGGAAGUCCACGGAUGAAAACAAAAUAGCAAUGAAGAACGUCGGUGGGAUACCUGCCCUUUUACGAUUGUUGAGAAAGUCUGUUGAUGCCGAAAUUAAAGAGCUUGUAACAGGGGUGCUCUGGAACCUGUCUUCCUGCGAUGCGGUGAAGAUGACAAUCAUUCGGGACGCCCUGUCGACGCUGACCAACACUGUGAUAGUGCCCCAUUCCGGGUGGAACAGCUCCUCCUUUGAUGAUGAUCACAAGAUGAAGUUCCAGACUUCCCUGGUUCUGCGCAAUACCACAGGAUGCCUGAGGAACCUGAGCUCGGCGGGCGAGGAGGCGCGGAAGCAGAUGAGGGCUUGCGAAGGGCUGGUCGACUCGCUGCUCUACGUGAUCCACACGUGUGUGAACACCUCAGACUAUGACAGCAAGACAGUGGAAAACUGUGUGUGUACCUUGCGAAACCUUUCCUACCGUUUGGAACUGGAGGUGCCUCAGGCACGUCUGCUGGGGAUCAAUGAACUGGACGACUUGUUAGGAAAGGAAUCACCCAGCAAAGAUUCAGAGCCAAGCUGCUGGGGGAAAAAAAAGAAGAAGAAAAAAAAAACUUCACAGGAGGAUCAGUGGGACGGAGUUGGGCCCAUCCCCGGGUUCUCCAAGUCCCCCAAGGGGGUGGAGAUGCUGUGGCACCCGUCGGUGGUGAAGCCGUACCUGACGCUGCUGGCCGAGAGCUCCAACCCGGCCACGCUGGAGGGCUCGGCCGGCUCGCUCCAGAACCUGUCUGCGGGCAACUGGAAGUUCGCAGCGUACAUCCGAGCCGCGGUAAGGAAAGAGAAGGGGCUCCCGAUCCUGGUGGAGCUGCUGAGGAUGGACAACGACAGGGUCGUUUCGUCCGUGGCCACUGCCCUCAGGAACAUGGCGCUGGACGUGCGGAACAAGGAGCUGAUCGGUAAAUACGCCAUGCGAGAUCUGGUUAAUCGACUCCCGGGAGGCAACGGCCCGAGCGUGCUGUCGGAUGAGACGGUGGCCGCGAUCUGCUGCGCUUUGCACGAGGUGACCAGCAAGAACAUGGAGAACGCCAAAGCGCUGGCGGACACCGGCGGCAUCGAGAAGCUGGUGAACAUCACCAAGGGCCGCGGUGACAGGUCCUCACUGAAAGUUGUCAAAGCAGCUGCCCAGGUACUGAACACAUUAUGGCAAUACCGAGAUCUCCGUAGCAUUUAUAAAAAGGAUGGAUGGAAUCAAAGUCAUUUUAUUACACCAGUAUCAACACUAGAGCGAGAGAGAUUCAAAUCACAUCCUUCCUUAUCAACAACAAAUCAGCAGAUGUCACCUGUCAUACAGUCAGUCGGCAGCACGUCCUCAUCCCCGGCCUUGUUAGGAAUCAGAGAGCCCCGCUCCGAGUACGAGCGAACGCAACCUUCUAUGCAGUAUUACAAUAACCAAGGUGAUGGCAUCACACACAAAGACAUAUACACCGGUUCCAGCAAACCGUCACCAAUUUACAUCAGUUCCUAUUCCUCACCAGCAAGAGAACAGAACAGACGACUACAGCAUCAGCAAUUGUACUACAGCCAAGAAGACGCCAACAGGAAAACGUACGACGCGUACAGGUUGUACCUGCAGUCCCCGCACAGCUACGAGGACCCGUACUACGACGACCGAGUUCACUUCCCCGCUGCGUCGGAUUACGCAGCGCAGUACGGACUGAAGUCGGCCACAAACUACGUGGACUUUUACUCCACCAGGCGCUCCUCGUACCGAGCGGAGCAGUACCCGGGCUCUCCCGACUCCUGGGUGUAGCAGCGAGGGGACGAACCGCAGAGGCUUCUCACCUUGCUGGGGAGGAAAUGGAACGGCCUCGUGUGCUGGUUUGGGUGUGAAUGUGAAAGUGAAAGUGAAGUACAAGAAGGAACAAGGAAGAUUGAUUUUUUUUCUUUUCUUUUUUUUUUUGUUGUUUGUUUUUUGGUUUUUGAGUGAGGAAUUGUCAGGAAGAAAAGCUGGAAGGGAACUGGAAGGGAUGGUUUGGGUUCCGCUCUGUUUAGGUGUUAGGUAUCAUUACUGUAGCUCCUGUAGUCUGGUGAGGGUGUGGGCGAUGUGAUGAAAGGUUUGAGAACUGAGUCAAAUGAAUUUGGAAAGCGUGUAGGUCAGAGCAAAUUAAAGCUGAUUGUUUUUUUUUUAAUGUGAAUAAAAGUCUUGUUCUGAUAGUUUGUACAGAGAAAAUAAAAUGGAUGCCCUUGUUUUAUUGCUCCUACUAGAUGUCAGAUUGUAUGCUCUUCCGUCUUGUAAAUUUCUUCGUUGGUGUAAAUAUGGAGAUGCCACAUUGGUUUCAAGUGCCAUCCAUUUGUAAUGCAGUGUGUCAUUUUAAAAGGAAUUCGAAACAUCAUGCACAAAAAAAAAUCCAAGAAAAUGUUAUAAAUUUUAAAAGGAGAAAAAAGCAAACUUUUAAAAAAAAUGAAUAGUGUAAUUUUGAAGCACAAGGUCCGGUCUGGUAUAUCUGCACCUCUCCCAUUCCCUGCCUGUUUCAUAAGAAACUUCACUGCCAUUUUCUAUGCACAUGGAAUAACAAUAAAUAUGGAAGUCUCAUCCAUGGAAA